AGUUGUGUUUAUAUAAAUUUUAGCUAAUAAUAAUGAAGUUGCUAGUGGCGGUGUGUGCUGUAGUUUUUACGGCCACUUCAGCUUCACCCAUUAAAAAUGAAGAUUUGGUUUGGAUGGAAAGCGGAAAGUUCGAAGGUGACAUGGUCUUAAAUCAGGAACAAAUGUUAUCAGUUUUAGGACUUGGGUCUAAAAAUGGCCUUAUCGACAAAAAAUAUCGCUGGCCCAAAAACGAAGUGCCUUACGUUAUUGUAGGAGGAUACUUCAAUCGAAGUCAAAUUAAUUACAUUCAUAAGGCUGUUGCAGAAUUUAGAAACAUUUCUUGCGUUAAAGUUAGACCCAAAAAAGUUACGGACACAAAAUAUGUUCAAAUCACGGGUCUUCCAGGCGGUUGUUAUUCUAGUGUCGGAUUCCAAGAUGGAGUCCAGACCCUUAAUUUAGCACCAUACGAAAUUGAGAAAGGGUGCUUCCGUAAAGCGACUAUUCAGCACGAAUUUCUGCACGCUUUAGGGUUCUAUCACCAGCAAUCGACUCACGACAGGGACGAAUACGUGACCAUCAUGUGGGACAAUAUUUUGCCAAACACUGAGCACAACUUCAACAUAUAUACGGCUAGUACCGUUCAGGAUUUCGGAACCGAGUAUGACUAUUUGAGCGUCAUGCAUUACGGCGCUUACGGGUUCUCGAAAAACGGUGAAAGAACUAUCGUCACGAAGGAUCCAGCGAUGUCAGAUGUCAUUGGCCAAAGGGUGAAGAUUAGUGAUAUCGAUAUUGUGAAAUUGAAUAAAAUGUAUUGUGGUAGAAUUAUAUAUAUAUAUAUAUAUAUAUAUUAUAUGUGAU